GAUACCAAAAUAGAAGUAAUGCAUAAUUGUCAAAACCAACGACAAACAGGCCGUGAGAAUGAAUAAAGGAAUUGAACAAGAAGAAGAAGAAAUUGUCAAUAAAUCAGUUUCAGGAGGCAGGUCUCCAGUUUCUUUUCUGGCUCCUGAGUGAGAGAAAAGGCGAGAUCAUAUUGCUAAAUGCACAAAUGUUGGCAGGUGCGUUGGUCUCACCGAAGUAUCUGAUUAUGGCAUCAAAACCUGUCAACAUGGUAUUUUUCCCGAAUGUUAACGUUCAUCACUUGAUGCGGAAGGAAUUCGACGAGACUAUAUGGAUGGCGUUCACUUACCAAAAUUCGUUGAUAUCUCAAUUACCAAUUCGUCCAGCACCAAAUUCCUUUCGCGAUCCUUCAUCCUACAAUACAGACCACCAAUUUUCGACGCACAUUUAUGAUUAUUCCCUUAUUGCAUUGCUUCCUGUCAUAUUAGUUGGAUUAUUGAUAACAACUAUAUUCUGUGUCUAUAGAUUUCGAAGGUGGAAACAUAAUAAAAAACAACUAGCCGAAUUAAAUGCAUUUUAUGAAAUUGUAGAAUCAUCGCCAUGUUUAGCUUCUGGAAAACCUUAUCUAAUACAACAUUGCAAAGAUGUAGAGAAAUCCGAAUGUGAUCGAAUAACUCGUGCAGUUUGCGUUCCCACUCAAAGUUCAAUAUUCUUUCAACCAAUUCCACCGAAAGCAAAAUCAGUUCGAUGUAACAGUGAUGUACUGAAAGCAGUGAAUGCAAGUGAAGUAUUAUUUCAUUUUGCUCAACUACCAACAAUCGAAAAAAUCAAUAAUAAUAACAAUAAAAAAUCAUUGCACUUCAUUCAUCGAGUUUAGAUUUUCGUGAUUCCUCUCAUCCAUCUUCGCCAUUUCUCUUUUCAAACCGGUGUCUUCUAUUUGAUCAUGUUCACUUUUAAAUUUUGUGCCUUUUAUGUGAAACCAGCCAAUGAAUUUUUGAUUUA